UAAUAAUAUCUUCGCUGAAAAUAUGCACCUCCUUCCCUCCCGCACAUUCAUUCACUCCCUGCAGUAAUAACCAUAAACACGAAGCACCCACUCUCAGAUCUGACACUCUCUGCUUCCACCUUCUCUCUCUCUCUCUCUCUCUCUCUCUCUCUCUCUCUCUCUCUACUGCAACUAGGCUUAUUAUAAGUUCAUGGCAAGGUCAAGGCAAAAGUUAAUAAACCAGGAUUCGUCGCUGUCACCUACCGCGGCGAGAUCGAGGGAGUUGGAUGGUCCGUCGCGAUGGGCGGACUACCUUGGACCUGAUGUGUCCUCUCCAGUGUCGUCUACCAGCUCCAGGAAUUUGUUUCAUGAUGGACAGUCUCAGGGAAACACACCGUCGUCGCAGUCCGGCAAGGGUCUUAACAUGCAGUGGGUUGUCCAGCUCACUGAAGUUGCUGAGGGUCUUAUGGCUAAGAUGUAUAGGUUAAAUCAGCUUUUGGAUUAUCCGGAUCCUGUUAAUCAUGUGUUUUCGGACGGGUUUUGGAAAGCCGGUGUGUUCCCUAACCAUCCUAGAGUCUGCGUGUUGCUGUCGAAGAAAUUUCCAGAACACUCCAGCAAGUUGCAGAUUGAACGCAUAGAUAAGAUUGCUUGGGACUCGAUGCAAGAUCAUGCAGAACUUCAUUUACAGAGCUUGGAACCAUGGGUGCAGCUGCUUCUUGACUUGAUGGUAUUCCGUGAACAAGCCCUGCGACUUAUAUUGGAUCUUAGUAGUACAGUAAUUACGUUGUUGCCCCAUCAGAAUUCUCUCAUACUACAUGCAUUUAUGGAUCUCUUUUGCUCCUUUGUGCGGGUUAACCUGUUUUCCGAGAAGAUGCCGAGAAAGAUGUUGCUACAGACAUAUAACCUUCUACAUGUAAUGUCAAGAAAUGAGCGGGACUGUGAUUUUUAUCAUCGCUUGGUUCAGUUCAUUGAUUCUUAUGAUCCACCUCUAAAAGGCCUACAGGAAGACCUAAAUUUUGUGAGCCCUCGUAUUGGAGAGGUACUAGAAGCUGUAGGCCCUAUAAUAUUUCUAUCAACAGACACUAGGAAACUUAGAAAUGAGGGGUUUUUAAGUCCAUAUCACCCUCGGUAUCCAGAUAUACUCACUAAUUCUGCUCAUCCGCUGAGAGCACAAGAUCUAGCAAAUGUAACUGCAUAUCGAGAAUGGGUGUUAUUUGGGUAUCUUGUCUGCCCUGAUGAGCUGCGUCGUGUCACUAGCAUUGAUAUUGCUUUGGUUGUAUUGAAGGAGAAUCUAGUCCUCACAUUAUUCAGAGAUGAGGUACAGUUUUUUCUAUUUGUUUUGGAACAGUGUCUUUUAAUUGCAGUAGUUGAUAAAUUUCUAAUCAUAAACAUACAGUACAUACUUUUGCAUGAGGAUUACCAGUUGUACGUUCUGCCUCGGAUAUUAGAAUCCAAGAAGAUGGCAAAAUCUGGGCGUACUAAGCAAAAAGAAGCGGAUUUGGAAUAUAAUGUUGCGAAGCAGGUUGAGAAAAUGAUAAGUGAAGUGCAUGAGCAAGCAAUAUUAUCUUGUGAUGCCAUACAUCGUGAAAGGAGAAUUUUACUGAAACAAGAGAUUGGGAGAAUGGUGCUGUUUUUUACUGAUCAGCCCAGUCUACUGGCCCCUAACAUCCAGAUGGUGUUUUCUGCCUUGGCUUUAGCGCAAUGUGAAGUGAUCUGGUUUUUCCAACAUGUAGGAGUUGCAUCGUCAAAGUCUAAAACUACUCGUGUGGUACCAGUGGACAUAGAUCCAAAUGAUCCAACCAUUGGAUUUCUGUUAGAUGGAAUGGACCAUUUAUGUUGCUUGGUGCGCAAAUACAUUGCAGCAAUCCGAGGUUACUCAUUGUCGUAUCUUUCAUCCUGUGCUGGAAGAAUUCGGUUUUUACUGGGUACCCCUGGAAUGGUGGCUCUUGAUAUAGAUGCUUUUUUGAAAGGACUUCUUCAGCAAAUCGUCCACCACCUUGAAAACCUUCCAAAACCACAGGGUGAAAAUGUAUCUGCUAUCACUUGCGAUCUUUCGGAUUUUCGCAAGGAUUGGCUUUCAAUUUUAUUGAUAGUCACAUCUUCCCGUUCAUCUAUAAACAUUAGGCACUUGGAGAAAGCUACAGUUUCCACUGGCAAAGAAGGCUUGUUAUCAGAGGGGAAUUCUGCGUACAAUUGGUCCAGAUGUGUUGAUGAAUUGGAAUCCGUACUUUCAAAGCAUGGCAGUCUUAGGAAGCUCUACUUUUACCACCAGCAUCUCACGGCAGUUUUUAGAAACACAAUGUUUGGUCCAGAAGGACGUCCUCAACAUUGCUGUGCUUGGCUUGGGAUUGCUAGUAGUUUUCCGGAGUGUUCAUCUCCCAUUGUUCCAGAAGAGGUUACAAAAAUUGGCAGGGAUGCUGUUCUCUACGUUGAAUCUCUGAUUGAGUCCAUCAUGGGAGGAUUGGAAGGAUUAAUAAAUAUUCUUGACUCUGAAGGAGGAUUUGGCGCCCUAGAGAAUCAGCUUUUUCCAGAGCAAGCGGCUUCACAUCUGAAUUAUGCAUCAAGAGUUGCCAUUCCAUCAUAUAAAUCUCCAAAAGGGACUGCUGGUGUUCCCUUACCUGGCCAUGAAAGUUAUCCUGAAAAUAAUAAUUCUAUCAAAAUGUUAGAAGCUGCAAUGCAGAGGUUGACCAAUUUGUGCUCAGUUUUAAAUGAUAUGGAGCCUAUUUGUGUUUUAAAUCAUGUCUUCGUUCUGAGAGAGUACAUGAGAGAAUGCAUUCUUGGCAAUUUCAGAAGAAGAUUGCUUGGUGUUCUGAAAACUGAUAAUGAUCUUCAGCGGCCCUCUGUUCUGGAAUCACUGAUUCAGAGGCAUGUUAGCAUUAUGCAUCUUGCUGAGCAGCACAUCAGCAUGGACAUCACUCAGGGUAUUCGUGAAGUACUGCUUUCAGAAGCCUUUUCAGGGCCAGUUUCUUCUCUACACUUGUUUGAGAAGCCAACAGACCAGCAUACAGGAUCGGCCACUGAAUCUGUAUGCAAUUGGUAUAUUGAAAACAUAAUCAAGGAUGUAUCAGGUGCUGGAAUAUUGUUUGUUCCAAUUCAUAAAUGCUUCAGGAGUACAAGGCCUGUUGGUGGAUAUUUUGCAGAAUCAGUCACUGAUCUCAGAGAACUGCAGGCCUUUGUACGUAUUUUUGGUGGCUAUGGAGUAGACCGGCUAGACAGAAUGCUAAAAGAACAUACAGCUGCUCUUUUAAAUUGCAUUGACACCACAUUGCGAUCAAAUCGUGAUGUGCUAGAAGCAGUUGUUACCAGUUUGCAUGCUGGUGAUAGAAUUGAAAGAGAAGCGUCUAUGAGGCAAAUAGUUGAUCUGGAAACUGUGAUUGGCUUUUGUGUUCAAGCUGGCCUAGCCCUGGCUUUUGAUAGGCUACUAGCUGAGGCUUCUGGUGCCAUACUUGAAGAAGGCGCUCCCUUGAUACAUUCACUGCUAGCUGGGAUGGUUAAGCAUCUACCUGAUGGAGUACCAGAAAAGGAAGAGAUCAGGAGAAUGAGAUCAGUAGCAAAUACUGCAGGUGUUGUAAGUGAUCAUGAUUCAAUUUGGGUAAGAUCAAUUUUAGAGGAAGUUGGUGGUGCAAGUGAUGGGUCAUGGAGCUUGUUACCUUACUUAUUUGCCACGUUCAUGACAUCUAAUAUUUGGUCCACAACAGCAUUUAAUGUUGACACAGAGGGUUUUAGUAACAAUAUCCAUUGCUUGGCAAGGUGCAUUUCUGCAGUAAUUGCCGGAAGUGAGUUUGUCAGAUUGGAACGUGAAUAUCAGCAUCGACAAUCUUUAACAAAUGGGCAUGCCGAGGGAAUGGAUCCUGAAUUAGCAAGUCAUACGUCAGCUGAAGCAAGUAUCAAGUCCACGCUGCAGUUAUUCGUGAAAUUCUCUGCAGAGAUCAUACUGGAUUCUUGGAGUGAAACACAAAGAGCUCAUCUUGUUGCCCAGCUCAUCUUCCUAGACCAGCUUUGUGAGAUUUCACCAUACCUUCCACGAAGCUCACUGGAAACCCAUGUUCCCUACGCCAUUCUCCGUUCAAUAUACAGCCAAUACUAUGCAGACACUCCAUCCACUCCAUUGGCAAUGCUGAAUGCAUCACCGCGUCAUUCACCAGCUAUACUGCUAGCGCAUGCUUCUCCUGGGCUGAGGCAUCCUCGUGGAGACUCCACACCACCGUAUUAUGGCAAUGAUUCCGGAUACUUCAAAGGCGGCUCAUCAUCACAUAGUCAGGAGCACCUCUAUGAUGCUGAUAUUGGCAGCAUAAGAAACACUCGUCGUUCCGGGCCAUUGGAUUAUAGUGCAAGCCGUAACAGGGUCAAAUCUGUUGAAGGCUCAACUUCUGGGAGUACUGGGCCUAGUCCACUUCCUAGAUUUGCAGUAUCUAGAUCUGGUCCAUUAGCAUAUAAGUAGUGAUUGAAAUACCCAUCAUGAGCUGGUAAAUUAUUCAUCUCUUGUUAGUGAUAAGUUGUUCAUAACCAUAAAUCAUUCAGCAGGUUCCCACAGAUAUUAGCAAUAUGUAUAUGACACUGAAGGGUCCUUUUGUAGUCACCUAGAUAGUUUAAGGCCCCUUUUUCGGAAGAGUUUAUCUUAUAGUUUGAGCCUUUCUGCAAGAGUUUGUGUAAAUAGCUUAUGACUUGUCUAUAAGCUGUUUUGAGUUUAUUUCAUAAGCUGCUCAGAAUAGGUUAUGGAUAAGCGUUUAUGCCUUCCUAUAACCUAUUUUGAGCUUAUUUCAAUAAGCUUCUCCAGUUCUCCAAAGCAUUUACUCAAGCAUUGAUUAUUAUUAGUGCUUAAUUAAGAUGUUCAUCCAAAUGCACCUUAAAUCAAUGCCAUAUAUGUAAGAACCAAGUUUGCAUUUUUUUA